GCCCUGCCACUACAAACCCGCGCUCACAAAAUCCGCCAAAUGUCUCCGCUCCACGCUAAGCUUUGGGAUGAAUAUAAUUUCUGAACGUAUCCAGGGAUAGUUUAAAUGUGUAUGAAGUCAAUUUUGGGAAAAAAUAUUCAAACAUUCGUAAUAAAUAUGGAAAUUUUACCCAGAGUGCACCUCUUCAAAAUGGCGGCGCCCAUGAAGAUUUUUCGCGAGCUCCGUCGAAAGGGACUUGAGCUGAGACAUGUCAACCAUGGACCUUUACCUAUUACCUGGAGCAUGUUGCGCAGGCCCUAUGGGGAGCAGACUGUACGCUACGCCAGGUCCUCCUCUGCGGCAGCGUCAACUGAGCCGAUCGUCCAGACCAGAGAACCCGUCCCACAACCCCCUCCUGUCAGGACCAUCUUCAGAACACCUGUCUCCAACCCUGUAAACCACAGUCUGGAGCAGGAGGCACAGUUCUAUACUAUCCCUACUGAGGAGUACAGGACCAUGUUUCCUCAGGACCACGGCAUUCCUCCCAGGUUCAAGAAGCAGGUUGAUACCUUCACAGAGGCCUGUAUCAUGGUGAGAAAACCCAGUCUAGAGGUGAUGAGCUACCUACAACAGGCCAACUACUCUCACCCUGCUAUCAGAUAUGUUUUCUAUGGUACACGAGGGACUGGAAAGACAUUGUGCCUCUGCCAUGUUCUCCAUUACUGCACCAAGCAGGGCUGGGUGGUGCUCUUCUUUCCUAAAGUGAGUAACUGGGUAAAGAAUGUGAAGGAGAUCCAGCCGUCGUUCCACAACCCUGAGAGGUACGACCAGCCUCUGGAAGCUGUCAACUGGCUCAAGACAUUCAAAGUCUCAGCAGCAGAUUCCAUCAAGGAACUGCAGACUCAGCAGAAGUACCAGUGGAGUAAGCGGGAGUCCAUAGAGCAGGGGCGCCCCCUACUGGAGGUGAUGGAACAAGGCAUUGCCCGACCCAAGACAGCCACAGACUGUGUCGGGGUCAUCAUCAGGGAACUGAAGGACCAGGCAAACCAGGGAAGGAUACGGUUGUUGGUUGCCGUGGAUAGUGUCAACUCCUUAUUUGGACGAACAGUUGUCAGGAAACCAGACAGGUCAAUGGCGUAUGGCAGUGAACUGUCAUUAAUCUACAAUGUCCGCAAGCUGGUGCGAAAUGACUGGAGAGGUGGUGCCAUCGUCACGGCUGUGAGAGAAGCGGCCUUCCUCGGUAUUGACGGAGAGAAGAAGGACCACCGCCUGUACACCCGUCACGAGGACAACCCUGACCUGUACCACGACAUCCUGGACCACGUGUCGGCCAGACAGCAGGUCUUCACGCCGGAGGCCCUGUUGGGGAAGGAGGGGUUUGAGUACAUGGACCCGUACGUCCCCGUACUGGUAGAGAACUACACGGAGAAGGAGAUAGAGAGCUGUCUGGACUACUACACCGACAGGAUGUGGAUACAGAACGAAAAAUGUUGGACGGAGACAGGCAGGCAACAGCUGAAGUUUCUGAGUGGCUAUCAACCCGCAGAUCUGGAGAGAAUAUGUGGUCCCUUGUAGUCCAUCGACUUGCUGUGCCAAUGUGCAGUUUUUCCUCACGUUUUCCACAAUUUUAUGUCAUUACAUUGUAGGUAGGAAUGCAAAAUUGGCCUGACAGUCACUUUUAAUAGAGGCCAUGAGGAGAAGGCUAGGGUAAAAACACAUAAAGAUACGGUGUGUCAUCUAAAUCUGGUCAUGGUCGCAGCAUCACCACUUUUUGAAAAAUGGACAGGAAGUUUUGCUGAUGAUGUGCAUGAUUAUAUGGGAGACUGUGGUGUCGUUCAUAAAUGUAUUCAUUUAUCAAUUAUGUUAACUAUCAUUUACAAGGACUCCGUUAUGUUAAAUCCAAAGAGAGAAACCAUGACUUUAUGGGCUUGAUAUUUUUUUAUUCGAGCAACAAGAACGAGACACAAGUACAAAGCACUUAGUGCCUGAUACAGAGAAAACACACGCGAUAUACACAUUCAAGUCGCACAAUGUGUACAAUGCUGAUGAACAAGUAUGACAUUACUUGAGAAAACAUAGAUACAAAAUGUAUGCACCUGUUUUGCCGUCCCUUUCACUUUUUGGAAAAUACAAAUAAACAAAUAAAAAUCUGUUAAACAGUAUUAUAGUAGUACUGCACACACACAAUAUUAUUGCAUACCCUUGUUUGCAAAGGUUGAUACUACCGUAUAACAUUGAUGAAAUGUCUAACAUUCAGUUGAUGACUUUGACAUACUAAUUAAUCACCCAUUGGUUGGGGUUGUUGACUUAAAAUCCGUAAAAUGUCCCAAAGUUGUGCCCUUAUGGAAGGCAUUUUUCACCUAUUUCAUCAUUCAGAUAGGUCUUUUUCUUUA